GUGUAGCCUGCCAGGCCCCUCCCUGGGCGCCGACCUGGAGAGUCCAGGCCUGCCGGGUCGCAGCGCCGUCGCUGGGCCCUGAGGAGCGAGUGGGCGUAAGGGCGGAGGGCAGGGAUCGGCGGGCACAGCCCGCGACCUUGGCGCAACCUUGAGCCCGUGGUCCCCGGAACAACCUUGGCUUCCGGCCCAGUUGGCGCCUGCCACCCCGCGUGCCCCCUCCUCGCUGUCGGUGUUCCGGGGUCCUCCUGGCCAUCACCAAAGUGUCUUCCUCUGAACUCUCCAGCGACUCACUUCCUGCUGUAUUCCCCAGAUGACCAGUGUCGCUCAAAGGAGUGUUUCAUGGCAUCUCUGUUAAUUUUUGAGUAACCAGAAAUGCAAAUAGCUCCUCAGGAAUCACACUAAACAAAAAGAAGGCCCAGAAACUUUGGAGAGUGUAUCAUAGCGCACAAGAUGGAGGGAAAAGAAAAAUACCAACAUAGCUUGAACUUAUUGAAUACAAUUAAGAACAUGAGAGAAUUAACAGAAAUGAUUGAUGUAGUGCUCAUAGCUGAAGAGGAAAAAUUCCCCUGCCACAGACUGGUCCUGGCUGCAUUUAGUCCAUAUUUCAAAGCUAUGUUCACCUGUGGACUGCUUGAAUGCUCUCAGAGGGAAGUCGUACUCUAUGACAUCACAGCAGAGAGUGUGAUGGUGAUAUUAAAUUAUAUGUACAAUGCAACUCUGGAGAUCAACAAUGCUAAUGUCCAGACUGUCGCUAUGGCUGCCUAUUUUAUGCAGAUGGAAGAAGUCUUUAGUGUGUGUCAGAAAUACAUGAUGGACCAUAUGGAUGCCUCCAACUGUGUAGGAAUUUAUUAUUUUGCUAAGCAGAUUGGAGCUGAGGAUUUAUCUGAUCAGUCAAAGAAGUAUUUGUUUCAGCACUUUGCUGAGGUGAGCUUACAUGAAGAAAUACUAGAUGUGGAAGUGCACCAAUUUCUGACGCUUAUUAAAUCAGAUGAUCUUAACAUAUCCAGAGAAGAGAGCAUUCUGGACUUGGUGCUGAGAUGGGUAAAUCAUAACCAAGACUUGCGCACAGAGCAUCUCGUCGAGCUUUUGAAGCAAGUCAGAUUGGAACUUAUAAAUCCUUCUUUCUUAAGGCAGGCCCUCAAAAGGAACACAAUGCUGCUGUGUGAUGCUGGCUGCAUUGAUAUCAUUCAGAACGCAUUCAGCGCCAUCAAGACACCCCAGCAGCACCCUCUGAACCUUCGCUAUGGCAUGGAGACCACCAGUCUCCUGCUCUGCAUUGGCAACAACUCUUCAGGAAUCAGGUCAAGAUAUAGAAACUAUGGGGAUGCAAGUUUCUGUUAUGAUCCUGCUUCACAGAAGACCUAUUUCAUCUCAUCUCCCAAGUACGGGGAGGGUUUAGGGACCGUAUGUACUGGCGUUGUCAUGGAAAAUAACACAAUCAUUGUGGCUGGGGAAGCAAGUGCCUCCAGACUCUCUAGACAAAAGGACAAGAAUGUCGAAAUCUAUAGGUAUCAUGAUAGAGGAAACCAGUUUUGGGAAAAGUUAUGCACAACUGAAUUUCGGGAGCUCUAUGCUCUGGGCAGUGUCCAUAAUGACCUCUAUGUUGUAGGAGGACAGAUGAAAAUUAAAAACAAGUACCUUGUUACAAACUAUGUUGAUAAGUUCUCUGUAGAUGGAGACAACUGGAAAAGGGUGUCCCCUCUUCCACUGCAGUUGGCGUGUCAUGCUGUAGUGACAGUGAAAAAUAAACUUUAUGUGAUUGGAGGCUGGACCCCUCAGAUGGAUCUUCCUGAUGAAGAACCUGAUCGAUUAAGCAACAAACUGUUGCAGUAUGACCCCAGCCAAGAUCAAUGGCAAGAGCGGGCACCCAUGCACUACUCUAAGUACCGAUUCAGCACAGCCGUAGUCAACAGUGAAAUUUAUGUUCUAGGUGGAAUUGGCUGUGUAGGGCGAGACAGAGGCCAGGUUCGGAAAUGCCUUGAUGUGGUAGAGAUCUACAACCCGGAUGGGGACUUUUGGAGAGAGGGCCCACCUAUGCCAAGUCCCCUUCUCUCUCUCCGAACCAAUUCCACCAAUGCCGGGGCAGUGGAUGGGAAGCUCUAUGUCUGCGGAGGAUUCCAUGGAGCAGAUCGCCAUGAGGUUAUCUCCAAAGAAAUUCUGGAGCUGGACCCUUGGGAAAACCAGUGGAAUGUUGUUGCCAUCAACGUCCUCAUGCAUGACAGCUAUGACGUCUGCCUGGUGGCCAGGAUGAACCCCCGAGACCUCAUCCCUCCACCCUCGGACCUGGUGGAGGACAGCAGGGAUCACUGAGGCCAGCAGGGCUGCAGGAGAGUGGAGCAUACCCUGAGACCCACCCACUGUCACCCUUCCGGGACGUGGCCACCACCCGGUGCAUGUGUGUUGCAUGUGUGGCUAUCUGGGCAAGUGCUAUACUGUACUGGGAGGAAGCAUGAGGGUCCCUCAGAUAGGACACUAGGAGUCCAAAGGUGGUGGCACCCAGGGGGGAAGGGGGACACAAAGUACAGGGAUGGAAGGAUCUCACUCUAAUGGGGACUCAAGAACAGAAACCAUGGCACCUAGGAAGCUGAGUAAGGAUGAGCUGCUUUGCUCCUUCAGGGAAGCUAAAUUCUGCCAUUCCACCCCGGGGCAGCUUUGGCCAAGGAUGGGCCCCAAGGGCCUCUGCCUCCUCAGAAUGAGAGCUGGAGCUGCCUGUCCCCUGCUACAGGGCCCAGCCCAUCUCCUAGCACAUGGAGGUGCACUAGGUUUGAGAUCCAUCCCAGCUCUGCUGGUGUGAAGAGAAAAUACCGUGGCUCUAAAACAGUAAGCACGCUUUAGUCACCACCACUGUUAUUACCAUUGUCUGCAUUCCCCCCAAAAAGUAUACACAACCAAACCCAGGACUCUGAGGACACCUGGACUUCCAUGUCAGACGAACAGGGUUAGCUUGUCUACUUCACUUGCUGGGAGCUGAGAAAAAAAUGUUUCCUCAAUGCUGCAGCCUAAUGCCUUAACUGGACACCUUGAAAGGCUCCCAAAGGCCAGAGAUGAGCCUGUCUGUCCCCCACUGUAAGAGGCAUGACCCGGCACUGCCAUCACUGUCCCCUGUGAGGUCUCAUCCACAAUGUCAGAAUGGACUGCCCCAUCUGAUGAGAAGGCUGAAUGCCAUUGGCCCAGAGUCAGGACAACCAGUGUGCCCGGGUGGCUUAGCCCUGAAAGACAGACAGGCACACAGAAGGGGUUCCCAAACCUGUUCCUAAGGAGUGGUUUCCCAGAUUUAAUUUUUCUUCCUGAUCUUAAUUUGUCUUUAAUUUAACAUAAUAGAUUGCUUCUUGUUUCUGUG